AUGGGACCCCGGGCCAGGGAAGUCUGCUCCCUCAUCAUCCUGCCGCGGCUCCUGGCUGAGCCGGCUGAGAACUCAGACUUCUACUUGGCUGGGGAUUACCUCCUCGGCGGCCUCUUCACCCUCCAUUCCAACGUGAAGGGCAUCGUCCACCUCAACCUCCUGCAGGUGCCCCAGUGCAGGAGGUAUGAAAUAAGGGUGUUGGGCUACGAUCUCAUGCAGGCCAUGCGCUUUGCAGGGGAGGAGAUCAACAGCCAGAGCAGCCUGCUGCCUGGCGUGCUGCUGGGCUACGAGAUGGUGGCUGUCGGCCGCACCUCCAACGACGUCCAGCCCGUGCUCCACUUCCCGGCAAAGGAGGACUGUUCCUUGCCCAUCCAGGAGGACUAUAGCCACUGGGUGCCCCGUGCGGUGGCUGUCCUCGGCCCUGGCAACUCUGAGUCCACUGUGACGGUGGCCCGCUUCCUCUCCCUCUUCCUCCUUCCACAGGGGAGGCCCCUGGGUCCUGGGAUCACCUACAGCGCCAUCAGUGACGAGCUACGGGACAAGCAGCGCUUCCCGGCCCUUCUGCGCACAGCGCCGGGCGCCGAUCACCAGAUCGAGGCCAUGGUGCAGCUGAUGUUGUACUUCCGCCGGAACUGGAUCAUCGCGCUGGUGAGCAGCGGCGACUACGGCCGCGACAACAGCCAGCUGCUCAGCGAUCGCCCGGCCGGCGGCGACAUCUGCAUCGCCUUCCGGGUGACGCUGCCCAUGCCCCAGCCGAACCAGGCGGUGACGCAGCGGGAGCACCGGCGCCUGAAGGCCAUCGUGGACGAGCAGCGGCAGAGCUCUGCGCGCGUCGUGGUCCUGUCGUCGCCAGAGCUGGUCCUGCACAACUUCUUCCGCAAGGUGCUCCGCCAGAACCUAUGGGCCUCCGAGUCCUGGGCCAUCGACCCGGUCCUGCACGACAGGCCCACGCGCUGCACAGGCUCCUGGGCUGCACCCAGACCAGCCGCUCCGAGCGGGUCGUCUAUCCCUGGCAGGUCUGGACGAUUCAGAGGAGUAAGGAGGCAAGGAGUCGCCUGGAUUCAGACCUGGAAUUUAAAUCUGUAUUUUUCUGAUCUGCGUGCACGCGCGUGCACACACACACACACACACACACACCUAACCACGAAGUUUAUGUGGGUAGAAGAUUUUACUGAGGAUCUGGAGGACCAGAGGGGAAUUUCAUCAGAGACGCACACUGUGCUUGAAUGCUUCCUUGUUCGUUUGUUUGCUUUAAAGUUUGGGCGCCGGCUUCGCUUCCUUUCCCUGUGGCCUCUCCAGCUGCUUCAGGAAAUCUGGAAGGUCAACUUCACCCUCCUGGGCCACCGGAUCUUUUUUGACCAGCGAGGGGACCUACUCAUGCGCCUGGAGAUCAUCCAGUGGCGGUGGGACCUGAGCCAACCUUUCCGGAGCAUCGCCUCCUACUGCCCGGUGCUACGACGGCUGAGGGCCACCCGUGACGUCUCCUGGCACACGGCCAACAACACGAUCCCUGUGUCCGUGUGUUCCAAGGACUGCCAGCCGAGGAAGAAGCCUGUGGGUAUCCAUCCCUGCUUUGAGUGUCUCGACUGCCUUCCAGGCACCUUCCUCAACCAAACUGCAUACGAGUUUGGCUGCCGGCCCUGCCCGAGUUGCGGGUGGUCCCGGAGGAACGACGCUUCCUGCUUCAAGCGGCGGCUGGCCUCCCUUGAAUGGCGCGAGGCACCCGCCAUCACUGUGGCCGUGCUGUCCUCCCUCCGCACCCUGGCCAUCUUGGUGAUCUUCUGGAGGCACCGCCACGCGCCCAUGGUUCGCUCGGCCGGGGGCCCCAGGUGCUUCCCGAUGCCGAUGCCACUGCCGCUGGCAUAGGUGACGGUUCCCAUGUACGUCGGGCAGCCCGCGUUUUUCACGUGCCUCGGCCGCCAGACCCUCUUCGCCCUCUGCUUCGCCGUCUGUAUCCCCUGAGUCACCGUGCGCUCUUUCCAGAUCGUCCGCGUCUUCAAGAUGGCCAGGCGCCUCCCGCGUGCCUACGGCUACUGGGUCCGCUACCACGGGCCCCGUGUCUUCGUGGCGGGCAACGUGCUGGCCACGACCGCCGAGCCCGCCGCCCGCCCCGGCCCCGAUGACCCCAAGAUCGCGGUUCUCGCCUGCAACUACCGCAAAGUGCUGCUGUUCAACACCAGCCUGGACCCGCUUGUGUCCGGCGGCUUCAGCUUCGCCUACGUGGGCAAGGAGCUGCCCACCACCCACAACGAGGCCAGGUUCAUCACCUUCCGCAUGACCUUCUACUUCACCUCUUCCGUCUCCCUCCGUACCUUCAUGUCUGUCUACGAGGGGGUCCUGGUCACCAUCCCGCACCUCGUGGUCGCAGUGCUCAACCUUCUGGGCUUUGGCCCCAAGUGCUGUGUGGUCCUCUUCUAACCGGAUCGCAACACGCCCGUCUACUUCAGCAGCGUGAUUCAGGGCUACAGCACGGGGAAGGACUAGCGCUGCCCCCUGGCUGCCCUGGGGGCCAGAGGGCUCCGCCCUGGGAGAUGGAGACCCGGGGUGGGGGUGGGGGUGGUGGCGACUCGUUCAGCCCCUGCUGGGAGCAGGGACGCCACCCCGCCCUACUCUCUGAUUUGGCCUCCCCCUCCAGGCUCUCUGCACCCUGGCCGUUUUUACCCACCCGCUGGUGGCUGCCUAAAAAUACUCACGCUUUCCCUGCAACUGCUUGGCUUGCCAGGCACUGCCACCCAUUUUAGGAAAAGGAUCCGGGGUGACCUCCCUAUUGGUCUCCAAGACAGAGAUGGAUCGGAGCAGCCCACAGUCGCCAUCUGGUGGUCACAGCGGGUGUCGGCAGGUUCC